GGCGGGCUGGCUGGCAGUCAGUGGUUUGGUGCCCUCGCAGCCGCCCACACCGGCCGCACCACCAGCCCCGGCACCACACGCACGCUCUUUCUCUCUUCCUCCUUCGCAACACCGGCACCCACCACGAUUGAGAGAUGAUUCGAGCUGAGACAACAAACGCCCGCUACCUCAGCCUGGCAACUGUUCUCCUUCUUAUUUCGGCCCACGGGCAUGCGGCUCGAAUCGACCACCUGCAGAUUUUGGACAGCCUGUUGAAGAAGGACUACGACCGCCGAGCCACGCCGACCAAUCACUUGAACAACGCGACGACCGUGCAGUGCGAGCUGUACAUUAGGAGCUUCGGAUCAAUCAGCCCUGUCACCAUGGAUUACGGGGUGGAUCUGUAUCUGCGGCAGAAGUGGCAGGAUGAGAGGCUGAAGCACGCACAGAUCACCGAAUCGCUUGACCUUAACGACCCGAAUCUAGUGAAAGCCAUUUGGAAGCCCGAGGUGUACUUUCCUAACGCCAAAGACGCAGAGUUCCAGUUCGUCACCGUGCCAAACGUUCUCGUCCGCAUCAACCCUGACGGAGAAAUCCUUUACAUGCUCAGGUUGAAGUUGACAUUUUCCUGCAUGAUGGACUUGAGCAAGUUUCCCCUCGAUAAUCAGAUCUGCACGAUGGAAGUCGCAAGCUUUUCGAAAACAAUCGAGGAGUUGCGGCUGGAGUGGAAAGCAGAGAAGCCCGUCAUCAUGGGCAAAGGGCUGCGGAUGCCGCAGUUCGAGAUCGUGCGUAUCCUCGCCUCCAACUGUCAAGAGUCGUUUCAGAUUGCAGGAAAUUACUCUUGUCUGGUGGCCGAGUUCUACUUGAGCCGCUCGGUCGGCUUCCAUCUAGUACAGAGCUACCUGCCCACCAUCCUCAUUGUCGUCAUCUCGUGGGUCUCUUUUUGGAUGGACGUCAACUCUGUGCCCGGUCGCACCACCCUCGGGGUCACCACCCUCUUGGCUGUCAGCUCUCAAUCUUCAGGAAUCCAGAGCGGACUACCACAGGUCAGCUACGUCAAGGCCAUUGAUGUUUGGAUGGGCACUUGCACAGCCUUUGUCUUUUGCGCACUGCUCGAGUUCACCCUGGUCAACUACAUGUGGCGCAAACCGCCAUGCACGCGGCCCCUCAACGUGGCUCGCGGCUCGGCCGUUAACGGCGAGGCCCUCACCAGGUCGGCGUCCACCGGCCUCAUCCGACGCACACCCCAAGAAACGAAAAUGUGCACCAGCACAGAGGUUGGCAUCGCCAGCGCUGGCUUCGAGACUAGACCUUGCAGAAGCUCGCGUGCCAAUAAGAGGCAGCGGCAGUCGCAGCAAAUUCUGGCUCAGAAAAUCGACGAGCGGGCCCGGCUGGCGUUCCCAGUGGCGUUCGCCCUGUUCAACGUAUCCUACUGGCUCUACUAUUUGAAGUAAACUCGACUAAUCCCGCGGUGCUGCGAUCGCAUCUGCAACUCUCCACUUUGCUCCUACGCAUUGCAAACAAGCGCUUCUAGCUCAGUCUCACACAUAUCCAACCCGCGUGCGCUGGCUUGGCUGCUGCUUAAAGUAAUUGGCGAGGAAAGCCUUCUCUCCGCCGCAGCUGCUGGCGAGAAGUGUUGUUUCUAAUAACAUUCGAGGUUCCUCCACCCUCACAUCGCGCAAACUCGUAUGUAUUAUUAUAUAUAAUAUCAUACACGGCAAAGCUUCAUAAGCCAAACUUAGUUAAUUGUUACCGUCAGUGUGCAAAGAAAAAAAUAAUCGCUCACAGAACCGGCGUGAUCAUCGCGUGGAUAAUUAACUUACGGACCAACCGGAAUGCAGUCCACUUCAUAGUAUCGGACUUUUAUAAUAUUAAAAUUUCUUUGGCUUCCUUUGGCGGUUCGAUAAAAAGAUGAAAGGACUGUUCGCUUAUUGGAAUUUUUAGCCUUUUUUACAGGCUUAAUUAAUUUUUGGGGGAUCAGCAUUUUCCCUUUUUUCAAAGACGAAGUCCUAUUUAAAAUAAUGACUAGUGUGUUUAAAGCGCAACUUUUUUUGCCACACUGCUGCCAGCUUAAAAAACGCGCAAUGAUACCAUGGGCGUCUUGUACGCCUAUUUAAGGUUCGCAUACUUCAACACUUUGAUCUAAAAGUUCAAAGACAAAAUCGCUGGCAGGCAAGUCAAGUAUCUAAGUAUCUAGUAUAAAGAAAAUCAUAAACUAUGUUGUAUUAUUGCAAAAUCCAGUCAUUUUGCAGAGAACAAUGUGAUUUUAUAAUCCUUUAUUUUUAAAAUUAACUUAUU